UCGUUGUCUACCUCAAACUGUCAAAUCCAAAAAGUUGAAUUGUCAUAUUUUCGCACAGUAUUUUCAGAUUUAUUUUCAUUGUUAGAAAAUAGAAACAAAUUGUUUUUAAGAUGAGUGAAGCUGAGAGGACUUUAGUAGACAAGUCGGAGAGCAGUUCGUUUGAGGAUUUAGCCUCGGCUGCAGCACAUGAGAUAGAAGAAGCGAAGUUAGCUGAAGCGGCGGCUACUGAAAAGGAAAGAUCACCUGAGAUCAGAACAGAUCAGUGGCAAGAUGUACUCGGGUCUGGCGCAUUGUUAAAAAAGAUAGUGAAGCAAGGCAAUGAGUCUUCAGAAGCCAGACCCCAAAGAAGUGACAUAUGCAGAAUCAGUUAUGAAGUUAAAAUUCGUGACACUGGGGACAUUGUGGAGAAAAGGGAACAAGUUAAAAUAUACUUGGGUGAUAAUGAAAUCCUGCAAGGGUUGGACUUAGCGCUGACUCUAAUGUACCAAGGUGAAGAGUGUCUUCUACAAAUAGCACCCAGAUUCGCUUACGGUGACAUUGGUCUGAAAUCAGGCGAGAGUUUAGGCUUAGUUGGAGAAUUAGAGAGUCCAAAGUACGAAGGGCCUGUGAUAGAUGGCGACACCUGGUUAGAAGCGCGGCUCGAACUACACGACUGGGCGGAAGAACCAGAACAUGAAACAUUGCCUAUAGCAGAGAGAAUGGAAAUUGGAACACGGCGGCGCGCGCGCGGCAACUGGUGGUACGUGCGCGGCGAGGCGCAGCUGGCCGUGCAGCUGUACCGGCGCGCUCUGGACGUGCUGGACGAGAGCGAGGGCGGCAUCACCAGCCCCACGGCCAGCGGAGCCCUGCCGCCCGCCUCCGACGCCCUGCGCGCGCUGCUCGACGAGCGCAUGCGCGUGCACAACAACAUGGCCGCCGCGCAGCUCAAAGCCGGCGCCUACGAAGCUGCGCUUCAGGCUGUGAGCCGCGUGCUGUCCUGCCAGCCGGAGAACGCGAAGGCGUUAUACCGUAAAGCGCGCAUCCUUUCCGCCAUGGGUCGUACGAGUGAUGCGCUGGAUGCAGCGCGUGCAGCGGCGGCUGCUGCGCCCGCUGAUGCAGCGGCACGUGCGCAGCUGCAGCGCUGUCAGCAACGUGCGGGCCGUGACCGUGAUCUCGAGCGUCGUCUCGCGCGUCGCAUGUUAGGCGCCGGCGAUCAAAGCGCGCCCGCUUCCGAGCCCGACAAGAAGCCCUCCAGAGCCAAGAUGCUGGUGUGGGGUUCGCUGUUGCUAAGCCUAUUGGUGGGCGUUGCCAGUGUACUCGUGUACCGUUACAAGAUGCAGGCGCACUGACGCGCCAUGAUCGCGCUACUUAUACGGCCAUAAGUUUGAUGUUGAGAACCACGAAUGUUGCGUAGGAAAGGUGCACUUUCCACUACUUACGAAUACGAUGUGAGAUCUAAACACAAUACUGAGUAGCGUUUAAUUACAUAUUCUAUAUAUCAAAAUAUAAAUAGCUAAUAUCUACUCAAAAGAAAUAUAUUGCAAAACAUAUUUUUUUAUACUAUAUGCUGUUUAAUGCUGAUAAAUAGUUUCUAUAGACUUAAAUUGUUCAUGUGUCCUUUUCUUCUUUCCAAAUAUCGCUCUGAUUUCAUACUGAUUCAUAACUCAUAGCAAUAAUAAACAUAAAGCUUAAUUGCAAAAAAAUCUUUGUAUGAUAUAUUUUUUGAGCGAUCUAAAUAUUAACGGUUAAGGGCAUCUAUAUCAAGUUGUUAUUUUGAAUAUGGGCGUUGAGUUGUGUGCAGUUUAAUAUACUUUGUUAUUUCCAUCGUAGUGACUGCAUGCAACAAGUCUUUAAGUAAAUUAUGUUAUUGUAAAAUGUAUCAAACUGUACAAAACUUAAAGCCCAAAAUUAAACGAUAAGUUAUCUGUUGAUGGUGUGGUGCUUAAUGACUGAUUUCAUAUAUUUUCCACGUUUUUUUGCCCGUCAGAGCAGUCAGAACAAGUUUGCUCCCUUAUAUUGGAAAAAACUUGUAUCUGUUUAAUUGUAAAAAUGGUGAUAGGCUAGUUAUAGGAGUUAAAUAUAAUUGUGAUCCUUUGUUAUAUUUCAUGUUGUGGCUUAUAUCAAUACACCGCCGCAAGUCGCAUUUAUAAAAUUAUAUGUAUAUAUUAUGGUUCUGUAAAUCUAUAUCACCAGUUUUCGUAGUUAGUGCCAAACAUUGGAGUGUACACUGUAGGUAGUGUUGUUUGUCUAAAAUAGUAUUUUGUCUUUCGUAUUAAAAGUAUAUUUUUAAUAUCAAAAUAGAAAAUAAUAUAUAUUUUUCGAUACUGUAUUAAUAGCAGCUAAAAUAUUUUUUUAAACGCAUUCCAUAAAAAUAACUUUAGUUCUUUUUAUCGAAAGAUUUUUUUUAUAAAAUUAAGAAAAAGAGAAUCUUAGUUAUAAUUUGUAGUCUGUUGUUUUUGGUGCUUGUAGGUUUUUUUAUCUUUUCGAGUCUUGAUUUUAGGGUAUAUACAGUAACUAGUGCGUCAGGGAAAAUUAUUGAUAGCUAUUAUAAUACUUAUUAUACUAGAGAAAAUAUUUUAUUUUUAGUACCUAAAAUAUUAUGCAACAAUCUUUAAUGCGGGCAUUUAUAAAAUAAAACUUGUAGUCGCGUGUUUAUAAGUGUAUACAAUAUUAUAGAAAAAACAUUACUGUGUUGUAUUUAUUUUUUCUAUAAUACGCAAACAAUUUUAUUCUUAGUCGUCAAAACUUAUUGGCAUAAUUAUGUAGUUACUGGUUGUAGUUAUUAAUUUAGGAUACUAAAAUACUACUUUAAUAAGUAAUGUUGUAAAAGAAGCGCGAGUUAAUUUAGUUAGAAGGGUACAAUUCUAACACAAUCUUACACGUAGGGUAAAAAUGCACUCAGGGGUUAGCAAUGGUAUGUUUGUGACGUUUAUGUCGGCUGUUGGAACCUUUUUCUUACUGAAUUUUCGCGCAAUUUUUCAUACGGACUAAAAACGGAGCUAUGAAAAAAAAAACCACUAAUAAUCUAUAAGAAAUAUAGAUUGUUGUCGCGGAUUUUUUAUCCAUUUUUACGAAAAUAAUUCAUUUUCUAUUGUGUACAAGACGGAAUAACAUUUUUUCUAAUAGUAUAAAAAGUAAAAAAUAUUUGAAAUUGUAAUUAAUUAGUUGUGUUAGUGACAAAGUUAAAUUGUUAGUGGUUGUACAUAAUAUCACGUGACUGUGUACCAAUAAAUGUUAAGCGUUUCUGUCAAAACGCGAUCCCUGCUUUCGGGAUUCUUAAUAUUAGAUUGAAAAAUUUAAAUCUAACAGGACUAGAAUCUGUAUAUUUAAACUAUCUCGAUCAGAAGCGUUUUUAAUUACACCACAGAAGGAACAUAUGUGAAUAGAUAGUAGAUAGUACUUAAAUUUUUCAAUAAAAUAUAUCUUCAUGGUACUUGUACAAUAUGGAAAUGCCCAGUGUCUAUUUUUGUAGUGAAAAAAGUAUAGAUAAUUCCAUAAAUAAUAUUAGAGUUUAUUAAAUUAAGACUUUGGUUUGUAGGAUUUUAUGCGUAAAGGAAAUAAAUGGAUAAAGAUUAUGACGAUUAAAAAUCACGGUGGUCCCAAGUAAAAGUUACUAAUAAAGAAAUUGUUGCAAACAUUUUUAGUUUUAUUUUAAUAAUAAUUAUAUUUAUAAUAACAAUAUAAAACAAUAAUUACAUACAUACAGUCGCAUAUAUAGUCGUAAUGAGGUCUACCACACCGAGAACCAAUUAGAAUACUCUGAACCAUUCACUAAGCGCAAUUUUGAAGAUGAAUUUGGAUAUAUAUUGUACUAA